AUGGCUCAGCCCCUGUCCUCCAGCGAGAUCAAUAAACUAUGUGCAAAUCUAGUCUAUCAAGUCGCUUAUGCGUUCUACGAUACACCUUAUAUAAUCAUCCUGAAGAUGAUGAUACAUGAUAAUGUAACGACAGAAAUGGAAUUAGCAAAUAAGAUUGGAUUGUCAAGUCCUGAGGUGAGGAAGUAUAUGGGUACGUUACAUACGCAUAGGCUGGUACGACGGCACGUAAACAAAGAGAAAGUACCCAUACCCGAAUGGCGACUAAAGCAGCUCGCUGCCCAACCUGAAAAACACCUACAGCCCGUCAAACCUGGACAACCUAAACCCGGUGCGAUAGAUAAAGAUGGGAAACCUCUCAUCAUCGAAAGGGAAAGGACGAGAGAUGUACAUUAUUGGUAUUUGGAUUAUAGGGAGUUUGCGAAUGUAGUGAAAUAUAGAUUGGCGAUGAUGCGGAAAGGAAUCGAUGAUAAGAUCAAGCAGGAAGUCGGCCAUCGAGGGUAUAUCUGUCCCCUAGACGGAAGGAUGUACGAUCCCCUAGAUUUGUCCAACAUAUUCGACCCAUUUACCAAUACGUUCAAAUGCGAAGAUUGCGGAUCAGAACUUGAAGAGCAUGAUCCCUCCACUUCAUUAGAUGGGACCAUCACCACCGCUCAGGAUGCAAUGCAGCGAUUCAACAUUGCUACUGCACCGAUAAGAGACGCUUUGAAAGCUGUUGAAGCUCAGACAGUGCCAUCUAUCAACAUUAUAGCGUGGAUAGCGCAGAAUGUAAAGACAUCGGUGAAGGUUCAAGAUGGAGAAAAUAGGAACGGCGAAGAAGAUAAGAAGUUUGAGGUUGUCAUGGGCAAAGAUGAGAAUGAGGAGAAGGAGAAGGAGAGAUUGGCACAGCAACAGAGAGAACAAAACGCUUUACCUCACUGGUACACCCACUCCACCGUCACAGGCGAAAAGACGACGUUGGGAAUAGCCGAUCAGAAGCGUAAACAUCUACUCGAAGAGAGGAGUCGAGGACUGGGUAAUGAGAAGGAAAUUGAAGAUGAAAGUCUGAAAGCUCAUUAUGAGAUUUUGGAUGAUGAUGGCGAUGGUGAAGAAGGGGAAUUUGAGGAGACUCCCACGCCUGCGGCUGUGGACGAAAAGGAGGUUCCUAUACCGAUAGUCAGGGUGGAAAAUGGAAUUAUUGAUAUAGAUGAUGACGAUGAGGAGGAGGGAAUGUACGAUGUUAAGCCUAAUGGAGGAGAGGAGGGAGGGAGGAUGAUUACCGUCAACGGAGUGCCCAAACGGAUUGAAGAUGUUACGGAUGAUGAUCAUGAAUUGAUGACAACUGAAGAAUACGAGGCAUAUGCUCAAGCUAUGUAUGGAUAG